AUGCCUCCACUAGACCUAGUUGAAGUUGACUCCUUGGAGGCACAUGUUAUUAUCGACAAUGACCUGGAUCCCAUUUCAACCAUCGCCCCCGACACCGUCCAGGUGUCUGGCUUGAUGGGCCAUCUGGCCAUGAACUCACCCCAUCACCUAAAUGACAGAGGAGACGCGCAUAGGGAACUCCAAAUGGAAGAUAUAUGUUGCUCAGCGCAUGGCUUGUCGAUUAUCUUGACCGCUACCAAAGGCGAUCAGAAGCAUUCUAUUCUUUUCGAUGCAGGGCCGGAAGAAGACGCAUGGGAAAGAAACGUUCGACGAAUGAAGCCUGACCUUUCUUCUGUUGAGCUGGUCCAACUCUCCCAUUGGCACCGAGACCAUUCAGGCGGCCUUCUUCGAGCGAUUCGAAUGAUUACUGAUGCAAGAAAAGCCAACGGGCUUUCUGACAACUUGAUAGCCGAUCUUCAUCCGAACCGUCCAGACUAUCGAGGAUUCGCAAUCGGCGAGAACAUCAUCUCUAUGCAGGCGGAUCCAUCGUUUGGAGAGCUUGAAGCUGCCGGCGCAACUGUCCAGAAACAUGACAGCGCGCAUACUGUGCUAGAUGACUUCUUCCUUAUAUCUGGCGAGAUACCAAGGCGAACGCCUUACGAAAUAGGCUUAAAACAUGGAAUGCGAUUCAACAAAAAGGACAAUGAAUGGACAUCCGACGAGGUCAUUGCUGAUGAGCGAUUUAUCAUGUGCAAUGUCAAAGACAAAGGAAUCGUCAUGUUGACUGGCUGCAGCCACGCUGGGGUUGUCAACUGCACUCAACAUGCGCUGGAACUUGCAGGAGGUUCCAUCCCUCUGCAUGCCGUGAUUGGGGGCUUCCAUCUGGCCACAAGCGAUGAAACCAUGAUUAAUAGAAGCAUCAAAGAUUUGUUGAGAUUGGAUCCCGCGGUGCUUCUGCCAGGCCACUGCACCGGAUGGAGGGCUAAAUUUGCUAUCGAGAAGCGCCAGCCUGGCAUGCUCGUCCCAUGCUCUGUGGGUUAUAACAUCACAUUUUAA